AUGAAAUCAAGUCAUACAGAUAUAUAUGAUAGUCUUAAACGUAAUAAACAUAGUAAAUUAUCACAAUCAAUAUUACAUGAUAAAAUAAUGAAUGAUAAAAAUGAUUGUAUAAAUAAAACUGAUCAUCAAGCACAUGAUUUUUAUCAAUUAAAAUCAACAUUAUCAACACAAUUAAAUACAACAUCAACAAUUGUUAAUGUUGAUAAUGCAUAA